CCGCUGAACACAUUCCGCAGUCGGACUUUCCGCUCAUCCUUCCAGUACUGAGAGGGACUUAAUCUGCUUUUUUGACAGCCAGCGGUGCGAUUUUUGCCGAUGAACUCUAUGAGGGAUCCAUUAAACACAGACCACCACCACACAGGGAAUAAACUUGCCUCCACGCACUACACGGCUCUGGCGAUGGCCUCUACUUUACAGCCGCUGCAGCGGUCUGUGGACUCGAAGCACCGGCAUGAGGUGCACACCGUGUCGGACACUUCCAGCCCGGAGUCUGUCGAAAAAGAGAAGAACCAGAGUAAGAACAACGACGACUCUUCGGAUGACCCCUCGAAAAAGAAGCGGCAGCGGCGGCAGAGGACUCACUUCACCAGCCAGCAGCUCCAGGAACUGGAGGCCACUUUCCAGCGGAAUCGCUACCCGGACAUGAGCACGAGGGAGGAGAUAGCCGUGUGGACCAACCUCACAGAGGCCCGGGUCAGGGUUUGGUUCAAGAACCGGCGAGCCAAGUGGAGGAAGCGGGAGAGAAACCAACAAGCCGAGCUUUGCAAAAACGGCUUCGGCCCUCAGUUCAACGGACUCAUGCAGCCCUACGAAGACAUGUACCCCAGCUACACGUACAACAACUGGGCCGCCAAGGGCCUCACGUCGGCCUCCCUGUCCUCCAAGAGCUUCCCCUUCUUCAACUCCAUGAACGUCAACCCCUUGUCCUCGCAGACCAUGUUCUCGCCGCCCAACUCCAUAUCCUCCAUGACUUCCAGCAUGGUGCCAUCGUCGGUGACGGGCGUGCCGGGCUCCAGCCUCAACAGCCUCAACAACUUGAACAACCUCAGCAACCCGUCGCUCAACUCGGGGGUGCCCACGCCGACGUGCCCCUACGCGCCGCCGACCCCUCCUUACGUGUACAGGGACACUUGUAACUCCAGCCUGGCCAGCCUGAGACUGAAAGCCAAGCAGCACUCGAGUUUUGGAUACGUGCAGAAUCCGGCGACGAAUCUGAGCGCUUGCCAGUACGCCGUGGACAGACCCGUCUAAUACCGAGCCGCACUGCCAAGAACGACCACCCUAACAAGUCAUUAAAGGCUGAAGUGGCGUGAUUUUGCGCGUAAUUGGGGUGAGGAAAUCUGGUUUUGACUUGUUCUGUUUUUUUUAAUGCAUUUAGGGAAACUCCUCCAUCGACUGGCAUCUUCUAUAGCUGGAGUGCUGCAUUGUUUUGGCCUUUUUUCCCUCUUUCCUCAACAAAUCGCCACUUGCCCCUUGAACAUUCCCCAACAUUAAAAGAACCGUGUGAGAUUAUCCCACCCGCUCCGUGUUGUUACGAUUUUUUUGUUUUAAUUUUAUUUCAGCAGGACAAAUUAAGAUUUGAAGGUUGGCUUGUUAUGGUGGUCA